AUGUCAAGCGUAGAUACAGUCGAUCUUGUUACACGUUGGUUUAAUUAUACACUUUCUAUACCAAUGAUUAUAUUGGGUAUCUUUGGAGCUAUUCUAACUGUUUUAGUUUUUACAAAACAGCGUAGAUUUUGGCGUAAUCCAUGUAUUAAUUAUCUUCUGGCUGGUGCAGUAAUGACUGGUAUACAUUUACCGGCAAUUUAUCUUCAAAGUAUUCUUGUCAAUGGUUUUCGUUUGGGUCUUUUCAAUACAGAUGAUAUUGCUUGUCGUGAACAUAAUUAUCUACUCUAUAUGACAACUGUUGCUGCUAUUUCAUUUCCAUGUUGGGCAGCUUUCGAUCAAUAUGCUAGUACAUGUCGUAAUGCCAAUUUUCGACAUCGAUGGAAUUCAAUUCGACUUGUUCGAUUAACCAUUAUCGGUACAAUUGUCUUUUGGUCUCUCGUAUAUAUUCCAAUUAUUUUCGUUAGUGGUAUCGUUAACGGUAUUUGUAUGUUGCGUCCAAGUUCUUACACGACCUUUAACACCUACGUAAUGACACCGUUCGUCUACAGUAUUGGUCCAAUUCUUGUAAUAACUAUUUUCACAAUGGGUACAGUCAAAAAUCUUCGUGGUGCUACUAUUAAUAGACCUCGAGGACGGUUAGCUGAACAAGUUCGUCAUAUGUUAGUUCCUCAAUUACUUGUACUUGUUGUUUCAGGUGUUCCAUUUGGUUUUCAAGGUAUAUAUAUGGAUUUAACUAGUAACAUUCCCAAAGAUACUUUUCGUUUGAGUAUCGAAAAUGUUUUUUCUCAAUUUAUUCUUUUAUUAUAUCAUUGUAAUUACGUGUGUACAUUUUAUAUCUAUUGGUAUAUGUCCAGUGAAGUGAGAAAAGCUGUAAAACGACUCUUUUACAAGUAUUGUAUAAGAAACAGUAUUAUACCUAUUGAUGCUACUACCAAUAAUACAGUUACUCUUCGAACAAUUAACGGUGAAAAUCAGUCAUCCGAACUUUUAUAA